AUGUCAGACUUGGUUGACCUCGAGCGCUUUCACACCAAGUGCCGCAAACUUCCCCUGCCCAAGAGCCUCACGCAGAAUCCGCAGAAGUUGAGCAGUCUGCAUGAUGCGAUCUUGGCCUGCAUCGAGCGUCUCUACAGGGACAAGCAGAAGCCAUUCUUGGGCGAGGUGCAGAAGCUGCUUCGUGCCCAUCGUUCCAUCACUGGGCCCUUCACGCCACAAGAAGUGCGCAGCAUUGCAGCCGUUUGUGCUUCGAAGCCCGAACUCUUCCUGCUGGUUCCACCGAUGUGUGGCAAUGCUCCAUGUAUCCUCCUUCGCAAACCGCCUGCAGGCUUCGAGCCAUGGUACGAGAGGCUGCCUCAGCGAGGGUUCUGCGAAGAGGAAGCCAGCAGGAACCUCCGCGAAUCGAUUGCAUCGGCGCAACUUGCGACAAUGCGACAGGUGAUCGAGGGACUGUACGCAGACAGGAUCGAGCCGACUCUCAAUGAGGUCCAAGAGCGGCUGCGCCAGCGUGGAUGGAGCUUCUCCGAUGCGCAGCAGGCCGUCCUCCUCUAUGCAUGUCAGAAAGACAUCUACGACCUGUCCAAGCCAACGCUCAACAAGCAAAUCGUUGUGCUCUUGAAGGAGCCUCCAAGCGGCUUCUUGGGUUGGGCGGAGGGUGCUGGGAUCAUCCCACAGGCUUCGACUGAGAUGGAAUUUGGAUUGAAGUCGCUCCUUGCAGCAGGCCUUGCUCCCUCGCUGCAUGGGGGCGUGGCCGGUGGAGCAGAGGCACUGCAGAGCUGCUGCAAGCGCAGCCUUGGCGAGUUGCGCGCCUUGCUCCGCGUCUUCAUCCUCAAAGGCCUCUUAGAGUACUGCGACAAUGAGCUGGUGGCCACUGCCCUGCUACACAAGGAGCUGGACGCCUUCCGCCAGGCGACACCUCGUACACCUGAGAAGAAGAAGAGCUCUGGGCGAAUCUACUCGCAGAUCUGA